ACAUUUGCCUUUUCCACUGUAGAAGGCUAGUGACUCUCUUUCCAUCGCUAAGCGAUUCUCUUCUCUUUGUCGCCGCCACCAUGGCCGGACUGAGCCAACUGGGAUUAGCCACAGGGUCCCCAGCUCUCCGCCGUCUCGGAAUGCUUGCUAGCACCCGUGCCUACGGAUCGGCGGCUGCGGUUCAAUACGACUACGAUUUCUACUACGACGACGAUCAUUCGGAGGCAGAACGAAGCAGAAAGUUGAAUCGGGAUUCGCGGAUGCCGGAGCCAAGGCUAGACUCUGCUGCGGCGUCGGACUGGGGGAGAGGAGUGCAGUGGGUAUUGAUAGGGGAUCCAGGAGCUCAAAAGCACGUUUACGCAGAAAAGCUUUCGAAACUUCUACAAGUUCCUCAUAUUUCCAUGGGUAACCUGCUUCGGCAAGAGCUUAACCCUAACUCUUCUCUCUACAAACAGAUAGCAAGUGCGGUGAAUGAAGGUAAGCUAGUACCUGAGGAAGUAAUUUUUGGGUUGUUGUCCAAGAGGCUUGAAGAAGGUUACUGCAGAGGUGAAACUGGCUUCAUUUUGGAUGGCAUUCCACGAACAAGGAUUCAAGCUGAAAUUCUUGAUGAAAUUGCUGAUAUCGAUCUAGUUGUGAACUUUAAACGUACUGAAGAUAACUUGGUGAAGAGGGAUUUUCUUACCGUAGGAAACUCUAUGUCCUCUGUUAAUGAUGGUGGAAGUGCCUUGAAGGAAAAGUUCCGGAUAUAUGCAGAACAGGGGAAGGCAUUGGAAGAUUACUACAGGAAGCAAAAGAAACUGGUGGACUUUCAAGUAGCGGGUGCACCUGGAGAAACCUGGCAAGGCUUGUUGGCAGCAUUACACCUCAAGCAUUUGGGUGCUGUUAAUUCUUCACAGAAACUGGCUGCUUGAGAUGUUUUGCCUUUUUAACUGGUGCAUAUCUGCCUUAGUCUCAAUCCACAUGGAGGUGUAUUAAGUAAACAUGUAUAACAUGGAACAAUGAGUUGAGUCUAUUGUCGAGUUGAUUUUGAGUCUUUUGGUCUUUUACGAGUUUUAGGUUAGUGCAGUUUUGAGGCGGUAUUUCUAAGGUGAUUUUGGCGAAGAGAUAAAAAGACAAAGAAACACUGACAUGUAAAGACUCUUAUACAACACAUGCUUGUUAUGUUUCCACCAA